CGACAGGUGUCAGCAGCGACAUUUUUUAUUUCCAUUGUUUGUACAGACGAUGCCAUCGUGAAAUUCGUGAACUGGUUGAUUUUUUGUGUUGCUUUUUUUGGAGCGAACAUACGUCGCCGCAGAUCGUGACUUUUCAAGUUUUUAUCAGUACAGAACCGAUAGAAAACUCGGGUGCAUAUCGCAUGCAUAAGAGAAAGCCACCUUGCUGUUAACCAAAAUGUGCAAAUGUGUAAAAAUUUGUUGCUACAAUCAAGCAGAGUUUUACCUGAGGCGAAGUCAAUAAACUCUGGCUAAUGAGUGGCUCAGAUGUGUAUACAUUGUGAAAGUGAAAAUUGAUAUUGAUAUUGCUUAACAUUCAACUUUUCCAGUCGGUUUUGUGGAUUUUCAUAUUGGACUCUUCAUUUGAAAUAGGUGUCUGAAGAUAUUUCCAGUAUGACAGACGAUAGAAGACCAACCUUACCUGUUUUGUGGGAACACCUAUGCUGGGGCAGACAGAGAACGUGAAAGCAAGCUAGCAGUUCACCAUAUGAUACCUGAGGCACAGAGUGAAUCAGUGAGCCUGCGCCGCCGCUCGCCGUCCUCAGUACCGGCGGCCGCGGGCCGUGUGAUGCCCGCGCGGGCAGCUGCCUCCACUUUGACCUUAACCACGACCUUAACAAUCGGCGCGAGCUGAUAGCCUGCGCAGUCUCAACAACGUGUACGGUGGAGGUGGAGGCAUGGCGGCGGAGAUGUCCAUUGCGCAAGCGUCGGCGGCGGCGCAAACCGUCGCGACGCCGGCGCUGCCCACCACCGUCUCCGCGACCGCCUCCGGCCACCACCACCAUGUGUCGGUGACGGCGGUGAAUGUGGACGAACCGCCUCAGAGGGCGCGCAGCGCGCCGCACCCUGCUGCAGCCACGUCGCAUAUCAUUCACAAUGGUACUCCAGACGUACUGGACAGCUCCGACGCAGAGGUGGCCAGGAUAGACUUCCAUUCCGUAAACAUGCGAUCUAAAAAGAAGAGGGACGAUCUGCCGAGGCCGAUGAGUUGGGAAGGCGAGUUGUCCGACGGCGAAAGGGACGUCAUGUGCGUUGACGAAGAGAAUUCGGAGCCGGUGCCCGAAAAUCUGUCGCUACCGCAGACGAAACAGACCCUUUCAGACCCGAAGGAGAGCCCCGUUCUUCUCAUCAAGCAGCCUCCAAUUGGGAAUUAUUCCUUACACAGCACGCCCAGUAAUUCUCCCGUACUUAGCCAGCGACAUCCUGUCACAGGUGUGUCGAUCAUCAGCCACAAGGAUCUCAUGCACAAGUCCCUGAAUGGCGGGGGUGGCGGCAUGCCCCCCACCCCUAGUCCAGACUCAGCCGUCCAUUCGGCGUACAGUGUGUUCAGCUCGCCGACGCACAGCCCGCUGCAGCAACGCCAUCUAGCGUUGACGCCCAGCCUUAGCAGGAACAACAGCGACGCCUCGCGGUCCAGUUGCUGCAGCUUCGGAAGUGUGUCUGCAGUUUCGGUGUCGCCUACGCAGCAGUUCUCGCCUACGCACAGCCCCAUACAGGGUCGUCAUAUACACAACAUUCACAGUAGUCCGCUGCAUCACAACAUCCUAUAUCGUAGCCUUCAAGAGGAUCCUACUAUUCAAUACUCAGCAGAUCAAGAACCAUUAGACGAGCCGCUUGAAGACAAAACUGGACUCUUACACAGUUCCUUGCCUGCACAGCCUGGCAUUUCUAGGCAACAGUUAAUAAAUAGUCCAUGUCCUAUCUGUGGUGAUAAAAUAUCUGGCUUUCACUAUGGGAUAUUUAGCUGUGAGUCCUGCAAGGGAUUCUUCAAAAGGACUGUUCAGAACAGGAAGAAUUAUUUAUGCCUUAGAGGAGCGCAGUGUCCUGUUACAGUGGCGACGCGGAAGAAAUGUCCUGCAUGUAGGUUCGAUAAGUGUCUUCAAUGUGGGAUGAAGCUAGAAGCGAUUCGUGAGGACCGAACUCGUGGGGGCCGAUCCACCUACCAGUGCUCGUACUCGCUACCCCCAUCGUUGGCGGGUCAACAGCAGCUACACGGAGAUUCUCGGUUGACGCCUGACGGUCAACCUGUCAUCAAGAUGGAGCCGCAAGAUGGGGCUGCCGCAUCGGCUGGCGGUUCCAGAAGGAUAUCGCCCGGGUCCAAGGGUGUCCCGCUGUUAUUGCAAGAGAUAAUGGACGUGGAGCACCUGUGGCACUACAGCGAAUCCGAGUUGAGCAAGUUGAGCAGCGAGGGUCGACUAACUAGGGAGGUUGGAGGCAGUGCGGGCGGUGGAGUGCACAACUUAUCGACUCACCCUCUACUUGCAGGUACAGCCCUUGCUGGUUCCGCAGACACCAACCCGGAUUUCGUCGCCAAUCUGUGCAAUAUCGCCGACCAUCGACUGUACAAAAUUGUCAAGUGGUGCAAGAGUUUGCCGCUAUUCAAAAAUAUCUCGAUCGACGAUCAAAUUUGCCUGUUGAUCAACUCGUGGUGCGAAUUGUUGCUGUUCUCAUGUUGUUUCCGGUCCAUGUCAACUCCUGGUGAGAUCCGUGUGUCUUUAGGAAAGAGCAUCAGUUUGGCGCAGGCGCGAGAGAUGGGCGUACAGGCGUGCAUUGAGAGGAUGCUCAACUUCACUGAGCAGCUGAGGCGACUCAAAGUAGAUAGGUACGAGUAUAUCGCGAUGAAGGUUAUCCUGCUACUCACAUCAGAUACGUCCGAACUUCGAGACGCAGAAAAGGUUAGAGGGUCACAGGAAAAAGCCUUAAAAGCACUUCAAGAUUAUACUUUGUCCCACUAUCCUGAGAGUCCUGCAAAAUUUGGUGAAUUGUUACUUCGCAUUCCAGAGCUGCAGAGAACUUGCCAGGUUGGAAAAGAAAUGCUGACCAUAAAAUCGAAGGAUGGCGACGGACCAAGCUUCAAUCUCUUGAUGGAACUCCUGAGAGGGGAUCACUGAAAUUGUGCCUUAAUAGCUUCGGUGGUGGGCUCUCGAGUGCAAGGCGGAACACCUAGCACGAGCAUAUUCUAAAAAUAAAACGAACUACAUCAAAUUUCUUUCAGAAUCAUUCUCCAACAUCAUUUUUUGUUCAGUUUAGGAGUUUCGUCCUGUGCUGCAGACAGUAUUGCUUAUUCCUUACUCUUCAUACCUAGCUUUAAGUGACGUACUUAUUAAAAUGUGCUGAAAACACAAAAAAUACACUGAUCGGUAUUAACGAUUUGUCGUACACUUUGGAAAAUGUUAGGGAAUUUUAGUGUGUUAGUAAACGUCUUUUUACAUGGGGUGUUCCAGUUUAAGGUGUGCAUUUCCUUUCGAGUUUUUCAAAAGAAAUCAAAUCUUCAUGUCAUAAUUUAUUAAUUGUCAGUUGAAACUAAAGCUUCAAUGGUCAUGUGCAAAUUAUAUAAUUUUGUAAUAAAAAAAUUAUUUUGGUCGAAAUACCGUUGGCGUAGUUGAAUAAUGGUAUAAAAUUUGAAUUCCUUAAUGUUUUCGAAAGUGUGUGGGAAAUUUUGUUGCAUAGCUUUUAAGGUCCUUUUCAAAAAAUCGAAUUUGUACAUAUAUUUUAAGUUUAUAUUUUCAUAUUUUCUACUUAGGCCGAUGGGCCUGUGAUGUUGACAGUGUUUCGCUGGUGAGGGUUUGCAAGUUUUUUAUUGCCGUUUUUUACUUUUACUAUGAUAAUUUGCAAAUCCUCACUAGCCUAGUUUUAGGCUAAGUGCAUAUGAUGUGUUUAUCUUGCAUUCAAUGCAAGUCAACGAAUUACAAGUUUUUGUUCGAAAAUACACUGGCACACGGGUAAAUCGACUAUUGAUAGAUAGGUGCCACGCCAACUCGUGCAUUUUUGUUUACUUAUUGUAAAUCAGAUGCUUCGUCACCUCUUAUUUUGUGUGAUACAGAUGUAGAAUCCAGAAAUUACUAAUGUUUCAGUCACUGUGUGUUCCGAUAACAGCUCAAACGAUCCUGAACCACAUCGAGGUCGUGUUAAGCUAUUGAAAGACAAAUAAAAUAUAAGGUCAUUGUUUUAUUCAAACGACUGAGGUAACCGAAACGUUCGUAAACGCUCAUUUCUACAUCUUUGGUUUAAUUUAGCCAGCAGAACAUGGAAUUGAUCAGCGUGACAAUCACAAGAUAACUUUAACAUGUUUCUUUUUUCAGUUAACUUUUGUUGAAAAUUGUUCACCUUGUCACAAAAUUGCCCUAAGUGAUCGAGACAAUUAAUGUAAACCAUUUGUUCGAAAACUAAUAGGUGAUGGUUCUCAGCUGAUGAAGAUGUAUAAAAAAUCGAGUCGGCUUCUGUUCUUUUACUUGUGUGCUGAUGUAAUAUGUGUUCCAUUCCAUAAAAGUAGGUCUCCUGAAAUCGAUUCUCUUUCGAACAUUGAGGAAUGAACUUAAUCACUGAGUGAAAAAAAAGUAUGUACCAGCUCAUAUUGGAUUUGAAUUUUAUUCCCAUUUAUCUCAUAUUGUUUUUUUUUCUCGUACCAGGCCGAGUGUAACUUGAAUACGUUUGCUGUAAUACAAUUUGAAAGCAACUGGAUCUUUAUGAUUCAAAACCUCAGUGGUUGAGUUUUUAAACGUACUAGGAACAUUUGACGUUUAUUUUGGGAAACUGAAAACUGUGACGCCUUAAUAGUUUAAAACUGUGUCACACUGUUUUGUUGAGAAUUAUUGUUAUAAAUAAUUCUGUCGUUCUAUUUAUGAAAAUUUAGUUGAGACAAAUUUAUUUUCAUAUAUUGUGCCAAUAUGUUGUUUAAAAAACGAAACCUCGACAUUUUGUAUGUCAUUAUUACAAAUUUUUUACUUUGGAAAACGUGUAUUUUGGUAGUUCUGAGCUGUAUUUGGAGUUAAUGGUAUCACAACCAUAUGAAAGACUAUCUUGUCACAAUGUUUUAGGUGUGUUGGAACUUUCAAGUUUGUUUUAAGUGUAUGGUCCUGUCAGGAUUUUGUAUAUGGGUGUGUAUUUUGUGCUGGGUUCCAUUAAUCCAUUAUAAAGUGCAAUAUUUCGAAAUAUUUUUGGAAACUGAUGAUAUAAUGGAAGAGUAUUUUUAAAAGGAUAGUGAGGUGUGAUUGGCGGGAUUUUCAUCCAGUAUAGCUGGCUCAAGUCUAUCCCACUAGAAAUUAUCAUGUUUAUGCCCUACCAAAAUUUUCAAGUUCAAGGUUAGUUCAAAAGAAGUGAUAUCUUGGAAAGCGUAUUGGCAUGCAAUUCAUAAUGCCUGCAGUUUUGAACUCUUUUAAUGUUGUGAUGUCAGAUGUGAAAAAGUAUUUAUAUUACGUGAUUCUGAACAACUAAUUGUAUUGAUAUUGAAGUUUUAUCAUCGACAAAGUUAAAAAUUGUGGCAGUUUGAGAGCCUUAAUACUCACAUAAUUUAUUACUUUGUAGUAAAACGUUUUGUCAGACUCAGUAAGUAAAUCACUAUCUAUGCAUGUUCUCAGAAUCUCCUCUAAUAGCAACAACACGUGCGUAAAUAACAAUCAAUAACCGUUAAUAGAAUUUGUUAAGAAUAUAUUACAAGCCCCUAUUAGGAACAGGUUUCACAGAUUCUAAGCAUGUGUGUUCUAAGAAUAUUCAUACUAGGUGUUUUGCCAAAGUUUUAUAGCAUAUGCAGGGAAAAUAUGGCCUUUAAGAUCUUCACACGUUCAAAGAAUAUUCCUUAUUACGUGAUUUGGCAGUCUUCGCAGGUAGCACACAUACAUCCAGUGGUUGUCUUAGAUAUCCUCGCUGAAAAUCCAGGAUAUUCACUGGGUAGGCAGAUACGUCCAAUUGGUAUCUAUUUGGCUAUGCAGAUGACUGCCUAAUUCUAAGAAUCUGGAUAUUACAUUACUGAUAUUAUGUCUUUAAUAUACUCAACAGAUUUCCGCUGAAUUUUCGUGAAGUACCCAGUGGUUUGUCAUAGAAACAUCAGGUAUAAUUAUCCAGAUGAUCACUCCAUAGGUACGCAAACCUGUCAAGUCCAAUUUCAAAAUGAAGAAGGAUAAUUGAAAACCUAACAAAGCAGAUUAUAUGAAUAUGCUAGGAGCACUUCCGUUCUUAAAUCGCAUAUUCUUAGAACGUUCUUCCGGUGAAUACACUUUAAAGGGAUGUGAAUAGGAUGUGCUGAGAACAUGCUAUAUUAGGAUAUCUCUUUUAGGGUCUGAAACGUAUAUUCCAAGAAUGUGAAUAUGCCUUUUCACAUUGACUGGGUAUGUCCUGCAGUCACCACAAGAUAUAUUUGCUGUGCAUAUUUUCUGUUCCAUCUAUUUCAACAGAAUCUAUCUAUCUAAGUUGACGCAGUGUACGUCGGGUCCGGGGAUGCAAGGGAUCCCUUGAACCGGGUUUAUGAGACUACAGAGUAGAUGUGCGCUUCGAAAGUCAUGGCGUUCCAACAAUAACAUUCCUCUCCCUCCACUCUUCAAGUAUGCGGAGGAACAUACAAACUGUGUUUCGUGCUGCAGAUAUCGUAGAUACGACACUGGAGUCAAUAAUCUUGUUCAGUAUCACGUAAAUUACUUUUAAAUCACGUAUUGCAUUAUCCCAGGAUAACAUCUGCACCACUGAAUGUCCCAUAUUUUGCUAAUGGCUGUAAAUUUUGUAGCCAAGAAUACAAUAACUUGACGUCGGUCUCUAAACUUGUUCUGUGUGUUGUAUUUCACAAACUAAAAAGUUAAACCCUGAAUUUAUUGACUGCAUAGUUUGCACCCACUAGUAAACUAUAGAUGGUUCAGAGUACUCCAUGGGCUCUCGAACUAUUUUGUACCAACAUUUUGUUGAAAUGUGUUUAUAUCUCUGGCUUCAGGUUCUAUGAAUCCCGCCUGGAUUUGCUUUGUUUUGAAAACUUACUAAAUUACAAUGGACCUAAGAUAUUUUAUUUAUAUACAUUCAUUGGCUAUAAGAUGCUUUUUACAAUGUUAUACACUUCUGUAUAUUUUUAUCCGUACCAGUGUCAAUAUUAUAAAAUAAAAACUGAAGACUAAAGGGUGGCCUUUGAAAGUCUCAUUUGAUGCGGCUUUAUCCCUUAUAUAUACUUUUUGUACUCACUUUUUUACUAGCGUUAUAUACAGAAAAUGUAUUGAAAUAUAUAAUAUACAUUACAAUCAAA